AGAGAAGAAAUUGACAAUACUGAAGAAGUAAAAAAAAACCCACGCAGCCCCAGCCCCCGACGUCGUCGUAUUGUGAAUCAGAUAGAGAGACAGUUCACAGUGGUGUGUUCAGUGUCUGCCAUGAAGUUCCGGUACGCCAUGGUGUGUUCGUCGAACCAGAACCGAAGCAUGGAGGCUCACUCGCUCCUCAAGAGGCAAGGCUUCGACGUCUCGUCUUACGGUACUGGUGCCCACGUUAAGCUCCCUGGUCCUUCCCUCAGAGAACCCAACGUUUACGACUUUGGAACUCCUUAUAAGCAGAUGUUUGACGAUCUUAGGCGAAAAGACCCCGAACUGUACAAGCGUAAUGGAAUUUUGCCUAUGCUUAAAAGAAACUCAACGGUCAAACUGGCACCUCAGCGGUGGCAAGAUAAUGCUGCUGACGGUUCCUUCGAUGUGGUAUUUACAUUCGAAGAAAAGGUUUUUGACAUGGUUCUUGAAGAAUGUAUAGAUCUUAACAACCGGGACCAUGUUCUUAAGAAGUGUGCACUGAUAAUCAACCUGGAGGUAAAAGAUAACCACGAGGAGGCAGCUGUGGGAGCUCGUCUUGCUUUAGAUCUUUGUCAAGAGAUUGAAGCAGCUGAAUCAUGGGAGGAUUCAAUAGAUGAUAUCGUGACUGGUUUUGAGAAACAGCAGCGGCGGAAGUUAUUUUAUAGCAUCUCAUUUUAUUGAAAUUGUACUUUUAGGAAAAUUUCCAGCAACCAAUUCCAUUGUUGCUGAUAAUUUAUGUGAUUAGCCACAAAUUGUUGUCCAAUUUGAAUACGAGACUACAUGCGCUUAAAAGUUAUGAGUGGCAGCAUAAAUGUUUAUGUUUCAGCCCCCACUGAGGGAUAACAAGGCUGUGUUUUUGGAUUGAUUAACAAAACUAUUCUGAUGCCA